UUGUAGGAGUCAGGGGAGAUGGAAGACACCAGGAAAAUAGGACCCACGGAUUCAGCUAAGCUGGGUGCAUACAGAGCUCACAGAGGCUAAAGUGGCAACAGGAGGGGCGGCAUGAUUCCUCCUGCCUUCAGAGCCUGAGAUGCCAGAACUCUGUACACUUCAACUCGCUGCUUUUCCAAUUAAGGAUCUCUGGAACGCACUCAUCUGCCUGUUUGCUGCAAUCCAGGAACCCAAUAUGGCAUCUUGCAUGAGGAGCUUGUUUUCUGACCACAGCAGAUACGUUGAAUCUUUCCGGAGGUUUCUAAACAAUUCCACGGAACACCAGUGCAUGCAGGAAUUCAUGGACAAGAAGCUGCCAGGCAUAAUAGCAAGGAUUGGAGAAACAAAAUCAGAAAUUAAGAUUCUGAGCAUAGGCGGAGGUGCAG